AUGGCCGUGCCUCUACUCUCCAAGAAGAUCAUUAAGAAGAGGGUCAAGAGAUUCAAGAGGCCUCAGAGUGACCGCAAAAUUUCCGUGAAGCCUAGCUGGCGCAGGCCGAAGGGUAUAGAUUCCCGUGUUAGGAGAAAGUUCAAAGGAUGUGUGUUGAUGCCAAACAUUGGAUAUGGGUCUGACAAGAGGACUCGCCACUAUCUCCCAAACGGUUUCAAGAAAUUUGUUGUUAGCAACGUGAAAGACCUGGAACUCCUCAUGAUGCACAACAGGACGUACUGCGCCGAGAUUGCGCACAAUGUGUCCACAAGAAAGAGGAAAGAAAUAGUUGAGAGAGCUGCGCAACUUGAUAUUGUUGUAACAAACAAAACAGCCAGAUUACGCAGCCAGGAGGAUGAAUAG